AUGGAAGCCACGAAUAAAAUAUACGUGAAAUGGAGCGGAAAAGAGUACGAGAUUGAGUUAACGGAGAACGAUACGGUUCUGGACUUGAAAAAUGCGAUCGAGAAAAAGACGGGAGUGCGCCCCGAGAGACAGAAGCUUCUCAAUUUGAAGCUGAAAGGCAAGGCACCUGAUGAGGAGUGUCGGUUAGGUCAGCUGAAGCUAAAGCCGGGGUUUAAGCUAAUGAUGAUGGGGUCGCUAGAGGAGGACAUUGUUGAGGCUAACACGGCCCCAGCUGACUUGCCCGAGGUCGUAAAUGACUUAGACAUAGAAGACGAGGAGGUUGCAAUAGAGAAUCAGGAGGUUUAUUUGGCGAAAAUUGAGAAAAGGAUUAAGGAAUAUAAAAUAGUCAUGCUUAAUGAACCUAGGCCUGAUAAGAAACUCUUAGUCUUAGACAUAGAUUAUACGUUAUUUGAUCACAGAUCCACCGCCCAGACCGGGGCGGAGUUAAUGAGGCCUUAUUUACACGAAUUUCUCACUUCAGCUUACGCUGACUACGAUAUUGUGAUUUGGUCCGCGACUGGAAUGAAGUGGAUUGAAGAAAAAAUGAGACUUUUGGGCGUUUCGACGAACCCUAAUUACAAAAUCGCUUUCUAUUUAGACUCAUUAGCUAUGAUCUCCGUGCACACUCCCAAAUAUGGCGUGAUGGAUGUGAAACCGUUGGGGGUGAUUUGGGGCAAGCUCCCCCAGUUCAGUGCGAAAAACACGAUAAUGUUUGACGAUAUUAGGAGGAAUUUCAUAAUGAAUCCGAAGAACGGGUUGCGGAUUCGCCCGUUCCGCCAGGCGCACUUGAACAGGGACAAAGAUAAUGAGCUUUUGAAACUUUCCAAAUAUCUCAAAGACUUAGCGGAAAACUGCCAGGACUUUUCCUCCGUCAACCACCGGCAUUGGGAGAAGUACAAGCCAAAGAAGCGACGUAAUAAUCAGCGGCAAUAACGUGUUGUAACAAUUUUGCAAUAAAAUUCGAUAACGCA